UCCGGAAGAGUCAGAGGGAGAGAGAGACCGGAGCUUCUUGCGGCAGAAAUUGGAGGGGCAGACUACUCCGGUAAACUAGUGACGGGACCAGAGGAAAUAAUUGGAUGUGGAAGCCAACAUCGACUGGUGAUGCUGAACGAUAUCGGAGUUCAGCGAAAAUAUGUUCUGCCUGAUGGCCCAGGUGUCAAUUUUUAUGCGCUGACUCAUCUGAUGCCUGACGGCUCAGGCCAAAUUCCACUUCAACACUCAUUUACCUUCAGUCCAACCAACUCCAACCCUCGAGCUCAACGCCCUCUCCAGACCUCCAAGAUGGAUUCCAGCAAGCAGCCCGUUAAGCUCGUCAAGGUGACCCGUGUCCUCGGCCGCACCGGAUCCCGUGGUGGUGUCACCCAGGUCCGCGUCGAGUUCAUGGACGACACCUCGCGUUCCAUCAUCCGUAACGUCAAGGGCCCAGUCCGCGUUGACGACAUCCUCUGCCUGCUCGAGUCCGAGCGCGAGGCCCGCCGUCUCCGUUAAAAUUCACCAAAACGAAAUUUCGCUCGCGUCGUCUAUUUUGUCUCUCUUCUUCUCUCGCAUAUCCCUUACGACCGGUUUUUCAUGAUUACUCUUCGGCCAAAAUCGAGUCCCCCGCUUUUCUUUCUUGCCGUACCUUCAACCUCCUAUCUUCCUCAGCCCUAAACCGCCGCGCUGCUCAACCCAUUCCCGCCUGCCGACUCUCG